AUGAAGGUUACUCUUGAAGUCAAGGGAGAACCCCAGAUAUUGAACUUGUCAGAAAAGCUGACUGCCGGUGGCAUUGCUCAUAAGCUGUGGGUUGAACAACCUGAGAACAUUCCCACAUGUCUUGCAACAAAACCAUACCCCAAAUCCAUUGUAUCAUCAUUUUUCAAAAAGCUGAAACUCUGUAAGUGA